AUGAUUUAAAAAGAAAUAUACAACGGAUAAAAUUCGAGCCGGUAAAUUAGCGUAAAACCUAAAAUUAUUUUAACUAAUGUGAACAUACGGAAACGAAGAUUUGAGCGGCUAAACUCAUCGUAGAAUACAGAACGUCCUCCCCAAUGGAGCCCACUGCAGGUUUUCGGCCCCUCAGAGACAGCAGAGCCAGCCUUACGCUGAUGGGCUUGGGGGCGCUGUGUGGGCUGGCGGGGGGAGCCGUGCUCUACGUGCUCGGCAACGACGACUCGGGGCUUCUCGUCACCGCGGCUACCGCACUGUUGCUGACCGUGUCUGUUGGGAGUCUGCUCAUCCUGCGCAGAUGUCCCGGUGUAUAUCAUUCAAUAAGUCGCCCACAAACUUCUAACAAUCACGAGAGAAACCGUUCUUCAGAAUACGACAUGCAUCCUCCCCGGUACAAAUCCUCGUGGGGAAAAGCUUAUGAGUCCAGCAUGAAAGAGCUUGGACAAAUGAAUGCCCAAGACGACAUGCAACCUGGAUUUCAUUACGAUCCCUUAAAUCUAGAGGAACUCGAAAGGCAUCUUGAAGGCAGGAAAAUAACAAAAUCGAAGCAGUUUCGUAUGAUUUCAUUAUUCUUUAAAGGCAGUGCGAAAAGAAAUUCUUCAACUCGAGCGUCAGGUGAGAUUUCAGCACCAACGUAUCGAUUAUUUCCUGCUCAAGAGUUGCCAACCCAAUAUUCACGGCAAGGUGCUUCAGGCAGCUCAAGUCGCCACUCGCCGACUGUGAACAAUGUCACCGAAUUGCACCGGCAGAACGCUACCGACAACCUAUUCACUAUCGAGCAGCAAUCAAAAUAUUAUUCCUCGUUGGACCCUAUGUGUAAUUUAGGGGUAUUAAGAUCUUUUGAUUCAAGUAAAAUUCACACUCGAGGGAAAAACCAUGACCAAAUUUCCCCUUUUAACGUCAUCAAGCCUGUAGACGAUGACGAUGCGCUACCCUCAUACAGACAAGCGAUCAGGGAACUGAGAGCUGACCAUCUCCUGCAACAAUAUGUUUGCCAGUGCCAGCAAUACCCGAACGAAACACUCUCCAGAUCUCUCAAUGAGACUGCAGAAGUGCAUUCAUUUGCAAUCACUUAACUUUACAAAACGAGUAUUUCAAGUUUUAAAUGACGCGAUGAUUUAUUGCACGUUUUCUCUCGGGUAUGGUAUGGGCAUACCACGUAUGGCCAAUAUCAUGUAAUGAGAAAUCGAGCUGAUUAAAUAACUCUCAUGUAAAAUAAUUAAAUGAUUCCAUCUUUUUAUAGCCUUAAGUAUAAAAGUUUAAUUGAACUACUCAAAAGUAAACUGUCGAUGCCCACGUUAUACCAUAUGGCGUAAUUAACUAUCCCACGAAAACAGUUGAUGUUGAAAAAACUAUUUUCUACGAUCAACGUUCAAAAAACGUAUUUAUGCCUUCACUGCUUCAUUAAACAUCCGGGUAAUUCAUGUAAUCCUUGUGGCAACGGCAUUCAUAAAUGAUUCUUUCAUCAUCAAAUGAAACUAUGUCUAAUAUAGAUUUUUCUUAUUUAAUGAUCACGUUAAAAAGAAAAGAAAAGUUCCCGUUAUUGUUCAGUUGUGUCGACUGUCGAGUAACGUUAUAACAUUACAAGAUCCACAUUGUGUUCUUAAAAAACGAUUAACUCUGA